AUGCGAGCGGUACUGCCGGGGAGGCCCCGAGCGAAGCUCCAGUCUUUCAGCACUGCGCUGUGGGAUGGUCUCCGUGUCGUCGUUUACAUCUCCGGCCAUGCGCUGGUUAUCCUCGGCGGUCCCCACACGCUCCUACAAACCAUCUACGUCGACGAUACCGAAUCCCUAGAAGCCGUGACAAUUGAUGAAGCCUCUGGCAAAAUUGCUGUGUGUGGCGGUCCGGAUAUUUUUAUUUACCAGCCGUACGGCAUCAAGCAUGAAACCUUAAAAUGGUCCCUUGUUCAGACAUUUCGUUACGAGAACGACGAUGAGACAAUCCGGACCCUGUCAUGGGGCUCCCCCGACGAGCUGCUCCUAGGGAAUUCUCACCUCACGCUGUGGUUUUUGAACGAUGUGCCGCGUCCAGUGUGGAAGCAAAAGCUUGCAAACCCUGUCAAAUUUGCGCAGUUCUCUCCCGACUCAACUUUGCUGAUUACGACUGGAUAUUACGACCGCCUAGUCAAAGUAUGGCGACGGCUGUCGUUUGGCGCGGACGAUGUUCGAUUCGAGGUAUCAUACCUUCCACAUCCUGCAAUCGUCACAGGCGUCCACUGGCGUAAGCCAUUUCAUAAGGAGCAAUCUAUCGAUAAUGUCCUGUACACCCUAUGCGCCGACAACCAGAUCAGGAUCUGGGCAAUGAUGGAACAUCACUCUCCAACCGUUCUACAACUAUGGACACAAAUCGACAUGGGCGCUUCUGUCCAACCAAGACAUACGGCGGAUCAGAGGGAUAUGUCUCGGCGAUAUGGCUUCGUCAUUGAUAGCAGAGACUUCUGUGUGGCUACCGAACAGGCAGUGCAAAGGUCUGCAGGGAGCAAGGGAAACCACGCUUUAGAGCAUAUAAUCGAGGUCGCUAACAAAAGUCCCGAGAUUUGCGUUGUGAUAGAUGGCCAAGGCCACAUGUCGGCCUGGGCGCUCGAGGAUGUUGGCUCCAAAUCCAAGUCUGACCUGAAUGCCUUCAACAUCCUCCAUGUUGAAGGCCUGAAUUUUGCAUUCAUGCGGGGACUAGCUGCAGAUGAAGACUAUGCCCAGAUUUGUGCAUUUCAAAGCACACAUUCAGGUGACUCGCUCUCCAUUCUUGUGCACCAUUUUGAUGGCCGUAUCGAAUGGUAUGAUUCUCAAGUUGAUACAUUAUUCGAUCCAAGCCCUCGCAAAGACCGGAUUGCCCUGAAAGCAUCCUGGACAGGACACAAUGGCCCAGUUAAGAAGAUUGUCCGCAAUGCGAUCGGCGAUACUCUUGUUUCACGUACAGAUGAUAACAAGGCAAUGGUUUGGAAACAGAAACGAAGGAAUAGCGGGUCGAUGCUUAUCCGCAAAAGCUCCCUAUACUCAGAUGAACACAUUCAUCGCACAUGUGUGGUUGAGAAUGGAGAUUUCCUUGUAAAUCUCCAUCAUAAUGGGAUAUCUGUCUGGGAUCUGCGCUCUUUUCAUGCCAGAAAGAUUGCUGCGUCGACCUUCCAGCUAUCGAGUAAACCACUUUGUGUUCUCCCGAUCCCCACGACGGAAAAGGGAAUGGUGUACAUAGCAACAAUCGGGGCUGAUAGGAACGGAAUAGCUUGGGAGAUCCGGCUCCCAACUGCGACAAAGCAAGCGAAUGGAGCGCAUAGUUCCCAAUGCUGCUUACAGAAGUUUUGUACUUUCAAUUUGGGCCUUGAAGAGGAUAUGUCAUACAUCUUGCCUGUUGACCCUGCAGGCCCUAAAGCUGAAAUGUCUGGAUUCUUCGAUAUAUUCUCACCCGACAUAGCGUUAUCUUAUACUCGGACGGGUAUUGUCCAUACCUGGGCUGCUAAGGUCGACAGAGAAAAAAGUCGGGUAGAAUGGCUAUUGACAUCAACAGUUGAAACGGGAAUUGCAAACCCAUCCCUUGCCAGUGGAAGCUCCAUCAGAAAAGCAGCUCUUGUGGACGAGGACCGUAGCCAUUUAACAAUCUGGGAUACGAAUGGCGCGCAAUUGGAGUAUGAGGAGCACUUUGGCCAGAAGGAUAUCAUCCGUGACCUGGACUGGACUUCCACACCAGAUAUGCAAUCCAUUCUUGCGGUUGGGUUUCCCCACAAAGUCAUCUUGCUAUCUCAGCUUCGUUAUGACUACCUUGAUGCUCGUCCUUCCUGGACCCAAGUCAGAGAGAUCUGGAUUCGGGACCUUACACCUCAUCCUAUUGGAGAUUCCUGUUGGCUUAACAAUGGCCACCUUGUGAUCGGAGCGGGAAACCAACUUUUUGUGUACGACAACGAGAUCGAUGCCAACGAUCGUCUAGUUUCACAACUUCGUAUUCCAUCGCGUCGCCACGGUUUCGUAGACCUAUUCGAGGUUGUCAGCCGGUUGAAUGGCCCAUUGCCUGUGUUCCACCCCCAAUUCUUGGCGCAGUGUAUCCUAAGUGGCAAGAGUAAUUUGGCACAUUCCAUUUUGAUAAGGUUGCACCGGAAGCUCAAGUUCUAUACUGAAGGCGAUGACCUUGACGGUUUCUUGGACAUGUCCCUGGAAGAUUUCUAUUUGGAACACGAUACCUCACAGAAAGCGUCGUCUAAGGAACUACAUUCUGCGUACGAAGAUCUUUCGCUAGAGGAUGAACCAUCUGUCAUGGACGAAAACACUGCUAUUGUGCUCAAUGAAAAUUUAGCUAGAGUUGCUUUGCCACAACUUUCCAGUCAAGAGCAAUUCCGCCUGGCUGAUACUAUCGAAUGCGUUGCCACUGUCGAAAAGCAUCGGCGCUCAAUGGAUGACAACGCUGCCCGCUAUCUGCUGUUCUUCCGGCAGCAUAUGCUGCGAAGAACGCAAGGCGUCGCCAACAAAGAUACAGUCUCCUGGAGAGAGAUCGUCUGGGCUUUUCAUAGUGGUAGCCAGGAUAUUCUUCUAGACCUUGUGUCGAGACAAUUCGGCGGUAAGAUGGUAUGGAAGGCGGCCAGGGAGAGCGGCUUGUUCAUGUGGCUAUCGAAUACCACGGCUAUUCGAGCUCAACUGGAAGUCGUUGCCCGGAAUGAGUACACUAAAACAGAAGAAAAGAAUCCAAUUGACUGUUCACUCUAUUACUUUGCUCUCGGGAAGAAGAACAUUCUCCAGGGUCUCUGGCGCAUGGCCCAUUGGAAUCGUGAGCAAGGUGCGACUCAGCGAUUACUUGCGAAUAACUUCCAAGAGCCUCGUUGGAAAACAACCGCUUUGAAAAAUGCAUACGCCUUGCUUGGGAAGCGCAGAUUUGAGUAUGCGGCGGCCUUUUUCCUUCUUGCGGAUCACUUGCGCGAUGCUGCUAUGGUCUGUAUCAAUCAAGUCGGUGAUCUCCAGCUCGCAAUUGCCAUUGUACGCGCCUACGAAGGGGAUGACGGACCGGUGUUGAAGGAAAUUCUGGAAGAGAGGGUUUUACCCGAAGCUGCCUCUGAUGGAAACCGAUGGAUGGCUUCCUGGGCUUUCUGGAUGUUGGGCCGUCGUGAUAUGGCUGUACGCUCGCUCAUUUCCCCAGUUGAAACACUCAUUCCUUCCACACCUGCUUCUCCAGGAAGCCCUGGGAUGAUCCCGCUACAUGCCAAAUCGUACUUAUCGAACGAUCCUGCUUUGGUAGUCCUAUACAAACAGCUUCGUGAGAAAACAUUGCAGACCUUGAAGGGUGCAUCUAAAGUCUCUGGCCCAGCAGAAUGGGGCUUUGUCAUACGCAAUGCGCGCCUCUAUGAUCGAAUGGGUUGUGACCUUCUCGCUUUGAACCUGGUGCGUUAUUGGGAGUUCUUGGCCGAGCCUCCACCCGCCAAAGGAGUGAGGGAAAUAUCAUUUGACCUGCAGCAAAAUGGUGUUGAUUACCGGAAGAUGCUUCGACGACGAAGCAGUCUCGUGGUAGCAGACAUGCCAAUCAAGACCGGCGUGCCACCGUCUUCGAAGGCGCCCGAUGCGCCGAAGAAACCACAGCCACCCCCGACCAUGAUCCACGAGCCUGACCCCAAUUCGCUACUCGACAGUUUUGGGUUCUAG